AUGUCUUGCGACGGUGAUGCGCUGGCCGUGAAUGGAUUCUUUGCAUUCGGAUGCAGCAUCAAAUUGUCAGCUCAAUCGCAAUUGUCUGCGAUCUUUGUGAUGGAUCCGGUCCGAGCCGCCAGUGGAUCCAGCGUUGAGUCGGGUCUCCUCGAGACCCGAAUACUUGCUGCCCAGUCCAUGCGCUUCGCGGAUGAGACAGUCACUUUCGCCGCAAGUCAGGAUAAUGGUUCUAUCGUUUGCAGAAUGAUGAAGAGGCCGCGUCGACGAUGGAACACCCUGCGAUCUGGAUCACCCGGACCUGAGAGCAGGCCGAACGCUCGGACCCCUUGGAAGAAUGAGACUGUCUCUUCAUUCAAGCGGCCGCCAGGCAAUCACGCAGGUGGUGAUAGCAUGUAG